GAUGAACGAAAAUGGAAGAGAAGAUAUCCUGGACAAACAAGAAACUAGUAUUAGGCUCGUACCCAACACAGAAUACAAGGUUAAAGAUUGUAAACAAAAAGUGGACUAUGAAAUCAAUAGAAGAUCCUCUACAGAGAAUAGUCCAGAUUAUGAAAUAUGGGAAGAUGAUUACUCAUACGAUAAUCGAAAGAGAGCUUGUAUAUCAUCUUCAGAGGAUUUAGAAACAGAAGAAGAAGAAGAGGGAAGAGAAGAAGAAGAAGAAGAAGCAGAGGGAAAAGGUGAAGAUGGAAUAACUGAGAUGUAA